CCCCACCGAUCGCCUGCGUUCAUCGAGCGUGAGGACGUGGCAACUUCUCCCGGUGUUUUUGACUUUUGUUUUACAACAACAUGAAACCUUGAGUUUGAGACUCAAGAUUCAAAUUCAUUAUCACAGUACAUCAUUUCCAAAAUGCUCCUCUUCAGUUAUUAUUAUUUAUUAAAAACACUUGUUGCCUAAUAUUUACGACAACGACAUAGUGGUUUAAAUUCAAAUUUAUUAUUUACGUCCACGUUUAGCCUAAAUAAUGGCUAUAUCAUCGAGUAACAAACAAUCAUAUGCUGGCCUCCCUUUUAGUGGAAUUAGUGACCAUGAAGAAAAGACAUCACAAUGGAUAUCCAGUAAAUAUUUAGUAGUUUUAUUCUCCUUCUUCUUACUACUUGUGUAUGUGACAACAGUUAUUGAAAAUGUUUUGCCUGAUCCUAUUAAAGAAUGGCAUAUUCACAAAACUGAUGCAAACACCUUUAGUGAGGUUUCAGCAAGAAAAUAUCUGAAGGAAAUUCUUGGCAAUGAGCCAAGAGUAUCCGGCACUCAUUAUCAUCUUCUAAAGACUCAGGACCUUUUAGAGCUGGUUGACCGUAUAGCUAGGUUUGCAAAUCAGCCGGUGCAUACAGAUUGGCAGUAUGUUGACGGAGAUUAUUGGCUAGCCUUCAGUUCACCCCACGUGAACGCCUAUCAAAACCUGUCGAACAUCAUUGCAGUUUUAGAAGGAGAAAGUGGAUUCAAUCCCGAUGGUACAACUGGGACAUCUAUACUCGUCAAUUGUCAUUAUGAUUCUGUGCCUUUCGCUAUUGGCGCUUCAGAUAAUGGCGUGUUUUGUGCUGUGAUGGCGGAAACAUUGUCAAAAUUGUCCCGUAGGAAGUACAAGUUGAAACAUAAUAUCAUAUUUCUCUUCAAUGGUGCGGAAGAGAGUGUUUUACUGGGAAGCCAUGGAUUCCUCAGUCAUCCAUGGUCUAAAGGUGUUAUCAGUGUUAUAAAUCUGGAUUCCGCUGGAAUGAAUGGAAAACCGAAUGUAUUUCAGGUGACUGAUCCGCGAGUGCUAGAAAUAUAUAAGAAAACUAAUCUGCGGCCAACGGCACAGGGCAUGGGGGAAUUCUUGUUCAGCACAGGAAUCAUACCCUCAGAUACUGACUUCCGGAUAUGGAGGGACUUUGGCAAUAUCACGGGUAUUGACAUAGCGUUUAUAAAAUGGGGUAAUGUAUACCACACACGAAACGAUAAGCCAGAGUUGAUACAGGACGGCGUUAUACAGAAUACGGGAAAUAUGCUCCUAAACCUCGUAAGGGAAGUGGCCGAUUGCCGUGAAUUGGUCGUUAAGGAACCAGCUUCAACAGUAGUUUAUUACGACUAUCUGGGACUAUUUUUAGUGACUUACACAAAGAGUGUGGCGUUACAGGUGGAUGUGAUAGUUGGCUUACUGGGCUUAUUGAGUGUCGGCUAUUUCUUGUGGCUUUUUGGAUUUAGAUGGUCGUCAGUUCGCGAGCUGUUGUGGUCGGGGGCAGGUCGUGUAUUGUGCGCCUUGGCAGGUUUAGUGUCUGUCGCGGUGUUUACUACCUUUAUGAUUGUCGCUACCAAGCAAAUGAGAUAUUUGUCGGAACAUUGGAUCGUAGUGCCAUUUUAUUGGGUGCCGUAUUUGGUCGCAUCCGUGGUUACUGCACACGCAUUUGACACUUGGCGAAGUGGGAAGACUAGUCUCAACCGUUCCAUUCGCACAUCACAAGCUAUGGCCGCGACCCGAUUGCUAAUCGCGUUAGCAUUGCUGGUGCUAUGUUCUGCGCCAAGUUUAGCCAAUGUAAGGUAUUUAAUUACGGCACCACUUCUCGUGUUGUCGAUCGCGAGUAUAAUAACUAUGACUGGAGUACGAUACGGAAGGUUAAAUGCGUUGCAACAUCUCUUUCUGGAAAUCCUGUUAAACAUUCCCGCCACAAUGUUAACGUUUUCACUGGCCACCCGAUUUAAUUCUCUUCUCAUACCAAUAAUGGGUCGUUCAGCUGCCGAUUACCCGGACAAUGUUAUCGCAGCUGCUAACACCCUAGUCGCGGUUCUAGCCGCCAGCACUGUGUCGGGUAUCGAACUACUGUUCUCGCGCAAGCGCCUAUGGACGGUAUUAGGUGCUAUUUCGAUAGCAUCUUUUGUUAUAAUGCUUAUACCAUUUAGUCCAUACCGCGGUGAGAAUACCAUUCAGAGGCAUUAUUGGUUUCAUACACAAAUAACAUCCUACGAUGUGAACUCGCAACCGAUAGAAAGCAUUUCUGGCGUUUUGAUAGCAAAGUUGGACGUUUACAAUGUGCAGUCAGCUUUGACAGCGAUCAAGGACAGCGAUUUGUACUUAAAAAAUCAAAGCGAUCUUAGCAGAAACGAUAGCCAAGUUAUGCAAAAAGAUGGUCAGCACAAUCCAAAACUACUUAUCAAGGAUAGUGACUUGAAGAUGAUAAAUGAGGAGUGCAAUCAGUUUCUAUAUUGCAACAUGCCUAUGUACAGACCUCGGUUUGAAAAAAUGAUUAAAGAAAGCCUUUUCGUGAAGAUGGGACCGCCGGCUCAGUUCACACAUUCGCUGCAGUUAGCCAAUCGCUCCUGCGUGGAAGAAGUAUGCUCCCUUAGCUUUGUUAUGAAUGGCCCCGCCCACAAUGGAAUAACAAUAUGGCCUCGACAGAACGUCAAUAUCACAAGCUGGUCAUUCAGUUCUCCUUUAAAAGAAACUCUUACAUUGCAAGAAAGACCGGUGUAUACUAUUAUACAUUCUACAGCGACAUACACUGAGUUCUUUAAGCCUUUAGAGUUUAGUUUGAACUUAAAUGUACCACUAUCGCUUCAGUCUGGUGAAGUUUUAGACAUUUCCCAUCACGCACAUAAAAUCUACAAUCCAGAUCACUUUACAGAAGAGUACAUCCAGUUGCUUGAAGUAAUGCCCGAAUAUUUCAAUAUUGCCACAUUCUUGACCUUCAGAAGUAAUUAUGUUUUUUAAGACUGUCUGUAAAUUCGAUGUGGCUGAAAAGCAUUUGCACACGUGCAAAAUUAUUUUGUAUUGUAUAUAAUCUGACUAGCAGUUUCCGCAUGAAAUUAUUUUUUUUUUAUUUUCACAAACUGACUUACCGAUUAGUCAGACAUAAGUGCGUUUCAUAAAAAAACUACAGCUUUGCACUGGGGGCAGGCAGGCAACUGUCUGGGAAUCUUGCAGAAAAUGUAUGAACUCUCUUUAAAAAAUGAAUAGCGGCAAAGAUACAGACAGACAGACAUAAAUUAAAAAAAAAUGUUUUGACUUCAGUAAAAAGUAUAAAGGGUCCUUAAAAAAAUUUUUUUAUGUACCAGUUACAAUUUGUCGCCGUGAACGUCGUUAUGUACCAGUUACAGCGGGUAGUAUUUCCACACCAAACUUUUAGUAAUACAGUCUACUGGAAGGCGUUGUUCGGCGACAAGUGUUUUUUGUACUUAAAGUUCUAAAGGACAUUUCUAAUGUCUUAUUUUGAACUGAGAAAGGAAUAAUGGGAUAGAACGCGUUUACAAAGAUUUAUAGUUUGAAUAAUUAUAAUGCUCCAUCCGCGAUAUCGCGUUCUGCCCAAGGUAUGGUUUCGUAUGUGUAAAGUAAGGAGUGAAACUGCGAGUCUGCUUUGAUAUGGGUUUAUAUUAUUUAUUUUCUGGUUUGGUUUAAAAUUGCGAUUAUUUUUUAAAUAUGUUACCAAUUAUGUUGCACAAAACAUCUUCUAAACUAUUUUAUGAUGCCUGCGUAGAAUGCGAUUGGUGUUUUUGUGUGAUUUUAGGUCACACCAAAGCAUUAGAUUGCGUUUAACAUAAAACCUUAUUACUUUAAACUUAUUCACUGUCAUAAAAAAGGUGCACUUCAUUUAAUUGCCUCAUAUAACACUAUGAGUAUGCAUAAAAGACAGUCUACACAUGUAUGUAUAGGAGAUCUAAAGCACCAUGACAGAAACACUUGACAUUGUACGCAUUGUACUAUUUGCAGAUGACCGAUCUUAAAUAGGUCUAAAAGAGCUAGAAUUUUUAAAAUGUUCCCUAACUUUUUUUAGUUAACACGUUGACUGCUGCCUAACAUUAACACGUUGGCUGCUGAAAACACAACGUUUGUGUUGCAUGCAUAAAAGACAGUCUACACAUGUAUGUAUAGGAGAUCUAAAGCACCAUGACAGAAACACUUGACAUUGUACGCAUUGUACUAUUUGCAGAUGACCGAUCUUAAAUAGGUCUAAAAGAGCUAGAAUUUUUAAAAUGUUCCCUAACUUUUUUUAGUUAACACGUUGACUGCUGCCUAACAUUAACACGUUGGCUGCUGAAAACACAACGUUUGUGU